AUGUCGAACUUCAGUGCGAACAAGUCGGGCAUGUCGACACAGCACCAGCGCAGGCAGAGUAUGCCAGCACCCGCGCCCAUCUCUACCAACGUCACUCCGACCAUCAUCGCCACCCCACCAUCUGCAACGGGGACAGGAAUCCUCGGUGGGCGAUUCCACAGCCGACACCCUAUGCUCCUCCACGGAGGACCCACCAAUCGAUUCUCGGCCGCGUUCGAGAGUCUUCUCUCGUAUAUCCCACGGAGAAGGCGUCAGAUCCGAUACCCGCUUGUCGUGGGGCUAGGCCUGUACUUUUUCCUAGUUUACCUCUACUUUCAGGACGCCUCGACAUGGACGGCCAUUGCUGGGUUCAAGAUCAAGAACCUCUCGUUCAAUUGGGACACCAAACGGUGCUCGUACCGCAAGGAUCCGAUGCUGUUUGUCAAGGAUAGCUCCUCGGUUCUGGUGAUCUGGGAAAUGAAUUGCGAGAUAACCGAGAUGGACCUCGUCUGGAGCCCAGUAGAGGCAGCUGGAUCAAAACAAUACCAACAACAAUUACACAGCAGUGGAGGUGAACCCAACGUCGCCUCAACAACGAUCAAUGCCUUAGACAAGACCCAUGUCGUCUACACAGCCACCAUCUCUGGAAUCCCAGCCGUUAACACCAACAUCACCUACUCGGUCCACCCACCCAAGAUCCUGUCCCACCUCACCCGCACCUAUACUUUUGCCCACCUCCCCAACCCUCCAUUGCUCAAGGACCGCGAGAUUGCCCGGUUUGGAGCCAUCUCCGACAACCAGUGCGAGGUCAAGCAGUUCUUCAAGGUCCUAAAGGCCAUGACUGAACACCACAAGGUCGAUUAUCUAAUCCAUGCCGGCGAUGCAGUCCAGGAAUACGACAAUCUCGACAACUGGCAGACGGACUUUGCAUCGCCUCUCUCAUACUUCAGGAUUGGACAAACGACACCUUUGAUCUACACCCAUGGCAACCACGACUAUGAUGUUACGGGCGAGUACCCUUACACUGGAAAGCGCACAUGGCACGCCUACACUGUUGCCGGUGUCCGAUUCAUUGUCCUCGACUCGAACCUCGACCGUCGUGAACAGGAUACCUGGUUGGAGGAGGAGCUCAAGUCUGAGGAGUGCAAAAAGGCGUGGUUCAGGGUCGUCCUGGUUCAUAUCUCGCCCUACACACAGUACUGGGAGAAGACCGCCUGGGAAGGCAAGGGCGAGAAGCAUUGGGGAUCGUUUAUCCGGGACCGCUAUGUGCCUCUGUUCCAGCAACACAAUGUCGAUUUGAUCAUUUCGGGACACCAACACAACUACAUGCGCGGCCAGGAUGAUCAAAUGGUCUACACGAUUAUCGGAGGCGCCGGAGGACAGCUGGAUGAAGAGCAGGUUGAGGACUACCCGGCCUGGGUGGGGGGCAAGGUCAAGUUCCGUCACCACUAUGUCCUCAUGAAGAUCACAGGCGACCGCCGGCUGAUCUGGGAGGCGUAUGAUGCCGACUGCGGGUCGCGUUUGGACGCCUUUGUGCUGCACUCUAGGACAGAAGUAUAG